AUGACGGCGGCGGUCGCCUCGGGCCUCGCUUUCGGGGCCGCCAUGACGGCGGCCGGCUUCCACGAUCCCUCGCUCGUCGUGGCCCAGAUGAAGUUCCAAGACUGGCACAUGGCCCGGGUCUUCAUGGCGGCAACAGCCAGCAGCGCUGUCAUCUACGCCAUAGCGGAAAAGCUGGGCUACAUCAAGCUCCCGCCCAAGAGCUCCUCUCCCAUGGGCCUCUUCGGCCGCUACGACGGCAACUUCCUCGGCGGCGCGCUGCUCGGUGCCGGCGUCGCCCUCUCCGGGGCCUGCCCCGGCUCGCUGUACACUCAGCUCGCGACCGGCCUCCGCUCGGGCUUCUACACCCUCGGCGGAGCCGUGGCGGGCGGCAUUGCCUGGAACGGGAUUCUCGGCGGCGUCGUGCGGCGCUGGCGCCACGAGGCAAACGUCAGCCCCGAGCCGCGCGCCGUGCACGAGCAGCUCCGUCUCUCGAGAACCACAACACUGCUCCUCCUCGAGGCAGUCUGCCUGGCCGUUAUGGCCCUCACAGCCCGCCACGCCCGGCCCAGCGCAAACGUGAAGCCCACCGGCGCCGUCGCGGGUCUGCUCAUUGGGUUCGCGCAGCUGGUGUCCGUCGUCACGCGGCGGGCCAUGCUCGGUGCCUCGGGCGCCUUUCAAGAGGCCGGCCGCCUAUUCCUGGAGCUUGCCGGCGGAUCGCACCUCAACGCGAAAUUCGGCCGGUACCAGGACCUCGUCUUCGCCUCGAGCGUCGCGGCCGGCGCGUGGGGGACCCUGCAGGCGGUUCCGGCGCUGGCGGCCGGCCCUAUGCUGGAGUUGCCGCCGUUGUUGGCCACGGUAGGGGGCGUGUUGAUGGCGAUUGGGGCAGCCAUGGCGGGCGGGUGCACGUCCGGACACGGCAUCAGCGGCAUGUCGUUGCUUUCGACAUCGAGCUUCAUCACCAUUGUGAGUAUGUUCGCGGCGGGAGCGAUGGUGACACCCCUUGUAUAUUAG